AAAAGGCCCAAAUACAAUCCAAUCCACACAUCCUUCCUUCAAUCUUUCUGACUGAGAGAAGAACAGAUAAAACUCAAAGAAAAACAAAAAGCUUUAUAAUAAUAACAAAUCUCCAUCGAUCGUUGAUUGCAGCUAAAGAGCAUCUGAAUCCUACCCAGGGUUUCUUGGUAAUCUCGUCCACAAUGACGACUUCUGUUUGCCCUUUCUCCAAAGCUGCUCGUCCCGACGACGCCUCUGCUCGAAAACAAGGCGAAACUACUGCUUCUGCUUGCCCUUUCUCCAAAGCCGAUGCCUCUGCUCGAAAACAAGCCGACACGACAGCCUCUGCUUGCCCUUUCUCCAAACCUGAUGAUGCCUCGGCUCGUAAAGCAUGUCCUGAAAACGAAGGAAGAGUGAACAAAGAGGAAUCAGCUGAUUCCGCAACGGUGCCUGCCAAGUGCCCGUUUGGUUAUGAUUCCCAGACGUUCAAGCUUGGGCCUUUUAGUUGUAUGCUAUGUCAGGCACUUCUGUAUGAUAGCAGUAGAUGUGUUCCUUGCACACAUGUGUUCUGCAAGGUGUGCGUGUCACGGUUUAAGGACUGUCCUUUAUGUGGCGCUGACGUUGAGAGUAUUGAAGCUGAUGAAAGCCUUCAGAAGAUGGUUGAUCAGUUUAUUGAAGGUCAUGCUAGGAUCAAGAGGUCUGUUGUGAACAGCACAGAUGAAGAAGAGGUCGGGAAUGAUAACAAGAAGGUGAUUUACGCUGAUGUUUCCAUGGAGAGAGGUUCUUUCUUGGUGCAACAAGCUAUGAGGGCAUUCCAAGCUCAGAACUAUGAAAGUGCUAAAUCAAGAUUGGCCAUGUGUACCGAGGACAUCCGAGAUCAGCUUAGGAGGGAGGGAAAUACACCAGAGUUGUGUUCACAGCUUGGUGCAGUCCUUGGUAUGCUCGGCGACUGCAGCCGAGCAAUGGGAGACUCAAGCUCUGCAGUCAAUCAUUUCGAAGAGAGUAUUGAGUUCCUUAUGAAACUGCCGAUGGAUGAUUUGGAGAUUACACACACACUUUCUGUAUCGCUCAAUAAAAUAGGAGAUCUCAAGUAUUAUGGCCAAGACCUAGAAGCUGCAAGGUCGUAUUACUGCCGUGCUUUAAAUGUUAGACGUGAUGCCAUGAAGCAUCACCCUAAUGCUCCUUCACAAAUUCUGGAUGUGGCGGUUUCCUUAGCCAAAGUUGCAGAUAUAGACAGGGCUCUACAAAAUGAAGAUGCAGCCACAGAUGGUUUCAAGGAAGGCAUGAAACUACUGGAAUCUUUGAAACUGGACUCUGAAGAUUCUGCUGCUCUCGAGCAACGACGUAUCUCUGUGCUGGAGUUUCUGAAGAAGCAAGUAGAGAAGCCUGAAGGGUCCGCAGAAGCUGCAAUCUAAACUGAUGCAGGCUUAUUGUAAGUAUAUAUAUAGACUGUACUGUACCACUGUCGCAUUUUGGCUUUGAAAUAAAGAGACGAGAAAGCAAAAAUGUUGUGUUUGCGCUUUAAGGAUCCAAAGAAACAGAGUGCUCUGUACCUUGUUGAUGGUUUCAAAAUUAUAUACACUCUAUGAACUUAUGAAGAAGGCAUGAUAUGAUUGUAUGCACUCUAUGAACUUAUUAUGAAGAAGCUGUUUACAAGAA